AAGGUCUCUAAACAGAGACUGCUGAGAAAAUUCGAACCCAGAGGAGAGCCGAGAAAACGAAAGAAAAGGGAAGAAAGGGGCAGAAAAAUCAUUUGAUUUGUCUUCUCUGAUUACCGAGAAGUUCUGCGGAAAUCUCUGCUCAUUCGUUGUCCCCUGAAAAUUCCAAGAAAAUGAUCCGGUUCAUCUUGUUGCAGAACAGACAAGGUAAGACUCGUCUUGCCAAGUAUUAUGUUCCUCUCGAGGAUUCCGAGAAACACAAGGUCGAAUACGAGGUUCACAGGUUGGUGGUGAAUCGCGACCCCAAGUUCACGAAUUUUGUUGAGUUUAGAACACACAAGGUAAUAUACCGGCGAUAUGCGGGGUUGUUUUUCUCGCUGUGUGUUGACAUAACGGACAAUGAGUUGGCGUACUUGGAGUGCAUCCAUUUAUUCGUGGAAAUAUUGGACCAUUUCUUCAGCAAUGUCUGUGAGCUAGAUUUGGUUUUUAAUUUCCACAAGGUUUAUUUGAUACUUGAUGAAUUCAUCCUAGCCGGGGAACUUCAAGAAACAAGCAAAAGAGCAAUCAUCGAACGGAUGGCGGAGCUUGAGAAGCUUGAGUGAUCGAAAUUUCCUCACGUCGUCAGUCCUCCAGGGAUUUCCGGCUUCUCCCUCAUCUGUGUAUCGUCGUUUUCUCUUCUCUCUUUUUAACAUGUGUGGGCUGGCUGGUUUGAUGACGAUGAUGAUCAUGACGAGAGACGAGAUGUGUUUUUUUUUUCUUUUUCUUUUUUUGGCGAAAUUUGAUUGCGUAUAUCAUGUUAUGUUCGACUGUUGUUAUGUUCAAAUAUCUUUUUUUUUUAAAAAAAAAUUGAACUCAAGA